CAUUUUACAAUUUAUAUUCAUAUUCUAAAAAAAAUGAGUAAAUUUUAUCGAAUUUCGAAGAGAUGCAAAUUUUAAAAAAAGAAAUCGAAGCUAAAUGGGAUCAUGAAAAGCAAAAUAAAAACCCAACUGUCGGAUUAAAUUCAAUUGCAAAAGAUUUCAAGUUUUACGACCAACAUAAGAAAAAAGGCCAAAUUCUUGAGAAAUUGAACCUUUCGCUUUGCAGUACCCAGCCUACUUCAACCCAAAGUGAACGGAAUUUUUCCCUGGCAGCAUCUUUUAUUUGUAAGCAGCGCACCUCACUUUUUUUUAUUUCUAAGCAUGCUGAUAUGUUGUUUUUCCUCAAAAUUUUUUUCAUCAACAACAAUGUUAGCUCUUAAGAAUAAAAUAUUUUCCAUAUGUAGAACAUAAAAAUGAUAAAUAAAUAAUAACAUUGAUCAAAAUUCUUUUAAGUUUUAAAAAUCAGCUGGAUAUCUGGAUAUCCAGAUAUCCUUGUUUUCAGCUUCGAAAUUAUCUGGAUAUCCGCAAUCGUCAAUAUCCGGAUAAAUCGGAAGGCCUAAUGGAAAUUUCAGGAGAUACUGUAGCUGUCGAUUUUACGGCACUGUUUACAAGUACAUGUUCAUAAAAACCACGAUUAAAUACUUCAUAACGCAAAUUUUUCCAUAUCAACUUGCAAAAUUUUUAUGAAACUAAUCAAACUUUUUAAAAUGAAAUAAAUA